AGAGAGAGCAUGGGAGCAUGCGCAAGCAAGCCUAAUGUGUUAAAUGGCGAUGCUCCUGAAGACGCACUAGACAAUAUAGUUGCUAAGAAUGUGGAGGUUGUGGCCAAGGAAGAAUUGGUUAACAAGGAAGAUAUUGUCAUUGUCGAUGAUGAUGAUGUCGACCAUACCUCAUCUAAUGAAGAAGGAAAGGGCUCAAUAGAAGAGAAAGAGGAGACAUUAGUAAAAGCUAAUGAAGUUCAGAAGGUUGUUGAUGAUGGUCCAAAAAUUGAUGCUAUUGAUUAUGACAAGAAAAUAGAACAUGUGAAAUCACAAACUCCUAAGGAGGAAGUCGUAAAACCAUCUAUGGAGAGUGAAAAUAAAAAGGAUGAUCAAGAGAAAUUACUAGAAGAAGCUCCUACAAACAACACUAUAGAAGAAGUAAAACUUGCAUUUGAGGAUAACAAAAUUGAAGACAAGCUAGAUGUUGAGGAGGAUCUUAAUUCUGAUGCUCAGAAAAAUAAAACAUACGAGAAGCCAGCAAUUGCGGAGAAUCUAAAUUCUGAUGCUCAGAAAAACAAAACAGAUGACAAACCAGUUGCCACAAAGAAAGGAAAGUUUUGGUGGGAUAAGUAA